AUGGCUGUUUCUACAGACCAGUUCUCCGCCAUUUACGACAAGGCGAUCCAAAAGUACAACGAAAUCACGGGGGAGACGCUCGCGGUUGACUUUAUCGCCAAAAUUCGCAGUGUUGACGAUCUCACGAAAGAAAUCGACGAGAGAAACAGCACCUUUCGCGAAUUCCGCGAAAGGCGAGGCGCUAUCUUCGAUCUUCUGAAAACAACGCUAAUCCCAGUGGAAUUGUUCGGUGCCCUUGCGGCGGAGGGAGCGUCGGUGGCAUUUCCCCCCAGCAGCCUGGUCUUUGGAGCCGUGAUUCAUUUGGUGGGCGCUGCAAAGGGUGUAUCGGCGUCCUACGACGCGAUUCAGGACCUGAUGCAGAUGCUACAGGAUUUCACCGCCCGACUAAAAGCAUACGCGCAAGAAGCCAUUUCUGAGGCCUUAUCCGACAAGUUGAGCGAUAUCAUUGUGACUCUUAUUGAGAUUUUAUCCUUGUCAUCCAAGGCCAUCCGACGUGGCCGACUGCUUAAGUUCACUCGAAAUAUUUUACUCGGUAAUGAUGACGCCAUUCAAGCGGCGAUGGUCAGACUUGACAGGCUCACUGGAGUCGAAGCAACCCUAGUUGGGGCAGAGACCUUGACCGAGUCGAAGAGAGCCGGUCGUAUAGUUGAUGGUUUAUCUGUAACUGCCAACUCCACCAACGCGAUUGUCCUGGAGACCGGAAUGACGGUCAACCAAAUGAGCGCACAGGUACACGGGAUGCAGGAGAUGUUAGAAGAGCUGAUUGUUACUGCAAAAGAGGAAAAUCAGGUUCGCCACGAGGAUCAAGAAGCCUUGCAGAGAUUUGUCAACCAGGUGGUUAGGCCAUCCAAAGUUGAUCCGGUGCAGGAGUGGUUCCACAAAAUACACAAAGCCCGUGUCGCAGGCACAGGAGACUGGAUUCACCGGGAGGAUGUUUUCCAAUCCUGGAUCAAUAAGGAAACACCGGUCAUGUUUCUUUCUGGAAAUCCGGGGGCAGGCAAGUCAUUUUUGGUGGAAAAUAUGAUUAGUUAUCUUCUCGAGCACUUCUGCACGGGUCUUCAACGUGACCCGCUGGUUUCGAUUGGGUACUUCUUCUUCAAGGGUGACAACCCCCAGACCAGGUCUUUUCACCAGGCGUUGCGAGACCUAGCCUUUCAACUCAGCAAGAGUGACCCAGAGUAUCAGAAGUAUCUCGCAACCAUUGAGGAAUAUGAACAGAUUAGUACUCUUGAGAGUGCCUGGCGUCUCCUCUUCGUGGAAUACUUCCUGAAGAAACCUGAUAUUAAGAGCACCACCUACAUCCUGCUGGAUGGAGUUGAUGAAACUCUGGACGAGGAGCGGACAGUCUUCAUCGAUCUAGCAAGGGAUCUGUAUGACAACCAGUCGUGUUUGCAGCUAGCCAUCGUUGGCCAACCUCAUCUUAGCGAUCAGCUGCUUGAAGGCCUCGGGGUUAAGGUGCCAACCAUCCACGUCACCAAACAAAAGAACUCUGGAGAUAUUACCCAGUACAUCCAUGUCAAGGGCAUGUUCCUUUGGGUGAACUUAAUGCUCCAGGAGUUGGUUAAGAAGCGAAAUGAAACCAGUAUGCGAAAGGCACUAGGGCAGGCUCCCCGGGGACUUAAUGAGAUGCUUCGACAUAUGUUGGCCACUUUCUCCGAAAGCUCCAACGAGGAGGAGCUCGAAUACCUCAAUGAAACUUUACUCUGGGUCACAUGCGCCAACCAACCCUGGACGCUAUCCGAGAUAGAAUCGAUCCUCAGACUAAAAUCACCGGAAGGUGAUGGUAUGAUUGACCUUGAAGGUGCCCUACGUCGCCAAUGGGCGUCAUUUUUCACCCUGCACCGAGAGGAUGGCCUUACAACGGCCGAACUGGAGAAUGGAUCAGCCCAUCUGGACGCUUUUGGCUGGCCGGCCGAUGAAGAGAGAGAGAAUGAACAUGAGAGUUGCGAGGAGGACUACUUCACGGCCUUCAACUCAAAACCGAAUACUACUACUGUAACCUUUUGCCAUGCAUCCAUUGGCGACUUCCUCCGCGAUGAAUCGCAAGGAAAGGUGUCGGCUACUGGGGGUCACAUUGCUGUCGGAGUGAAUUACCAUGAAGCCAGGCCUUAUAUCCUCAAGACUUACUUAAGGCUGAUCGCCGAUCUUGAAUUUACAAGAAAGGCCACCGACUCAGGGCAUAUGCUCCAACAUGCUGCGCGACAUUGGGGUGACCAUCUACUCUCCACUUUGCCAGCCCAAUGCUCAUUAGAUGAUAGGCGGGAUAUUGCGAAGAUGCUAUUGACGGUCUUUCGAUCGGAAGAAUCAAUGUCGAGCUGGCUUGGUGGAAACAUUUGGGUGCUUCGUAGCGCAACCAUCGAAGCUCUCCGACCAUGGUGGGAAGGGCAAGAAGUCCACGAGAUUCUAUCUCCGGAAGAGAAGGAGUUUCUGUCCACGAUGGAGGAUGAUCCAUUCAAUUUAUUCAAACCAAUGGUAAUUUUCUGCGUCAAGAGGUGGCUGUUGGAAGACUUGGAUAAUCCUGACUCCAUGGUCUCUAUGGUCUGGCGCUACCAAAUGUUAGUUAAAGGUGAGGAGGCCCAUGAUUACGAUAGAGACAUAACAGCGGAAGAGAUAGUCGAAGCCGCUGAGUUCGGUGGCUUCGAGAAGACCAGUCGAUGGUUUCGACAAUGUGCGACCGCUCUCCGUGAAUCGUGGUACCAUGAAGAAGCCCUCGAGUAUUUCAAACAGGCGAUGGAACUUAAUCCAGAUGAUUGGCGGACCAUGCGUGAGCUAGCACAUAUGUACAAGGACCAAGACGACUGGCAGACAUCUAUUGAGUUCUGGGAACGGACUCGACUAAGGUUGUUGACCACAAUUAAGGAGUCAUCAAAGGACAUGACGCUGAAAGAAGAUCUUCAUGGGUGCUUGGAGCAGAUGGGUCAGAUCUACCAGGAGCAGGAGAACUGGCAGAAGCGGUUCGAGACAGCUCAAGAGGCAUAUCAAUAUGCGCCCUCCUGCUCGACCUGUAUUGCUGCCCUUCUGGAAUGCCAUAACGACAACCACGAUUACAAAGCUACCAUGAACGUGCUGAAGAAGUUAGCGGACACUCCAGCUCCGGAAGACGAUUUCUCACAGUUAACUCAAUUUUUACUGGUCAACGUAUUUGAUGUUGAUUUAAAAUCGAGGCUUGCUGCAGAUGCCGCGUUGGCUACCAACGAUCUGGACUUCGUGUUGGAGAACUUGCAAACGGCAGCCAGGGUGGCUAGAACAGCUUCAAGAACAUUGAUUGCCGUAGAGGUGGAUAUGGCAAUUGCUAGAAUUUACAAUGAUAUCCUUCUUGACCAUCUGAAGGCAAUCAUGUGCUGGGAAAAGGUCAUGGAUACAUACUCUUCCUCUUCGGAUGGGACACUUAUCGGGAUGAUUAGACAUCUCGCCUCCACAAACCUGGCUCAGACGUUUCUCUGCAACGCAAUUGAGGCUGGAAUUGACAGUCCAGAGGCGGCAGAACCGUUGGCCAAGCUUGAGAAGCUCGUUGACCGAAGCCAAUCUUAUUCCUUCGGAACAAACGCGUCCGUGCCAGCCCUCUACUUGGGCAUCUUCUGCCACCUCCGAGGUCAGGAAGACAGGGCUCGAACUCUCUUCCGAUUCUCCAUACAACGAUGCAUCUUAAGCCUCCGCGACAAUAAUCCCACAAAUGACGAGCUUACUGACCUGCAAUAUACUCUUAUGAGGGCGGGAGACUUGAAAAAUGUCGUUGCAAUUGCCCACAGGACAGAUGAACACAAUAGUGACCCCUGGUAUCUAUGUCGCGGCUCAUGCCGGCGGAAAAUACCUACACAGAAUGGGUUUUCUAUUUGUUCCAUCUGUUUGGAAGGGCAAUGGUGCCCGGAAUGCGUCAAACUCAUGGAAUUGGCGAUGCCCAAGAAGAGGUGUCAUUCGCAGCACGUGGAGUACUGGAUCUCCAUUCCUCCCCAAUUAAAGAGCAUUUCUAGCGGUAUGAUGCUGGUCGAUGGCGAAGAAAUGGAGUUUGAGGCGUGGUUGAAACUGUUGAAGAAGGAGUGGGCUCUUGAUGCUUCCAAUCCUUCAAAUUCGACUGUAAGUCAGUUUGGCUUGGGCGAAUUUUUACUAGGCAUUGUCGCGUAA